AUGGAGAUGUGGAAACGGUGUGCCCGCUGGCUCAUCGAAUGUCGCGUGCUGCCGGCCAGCCACCGGGUCACCUGGGAGGGUGCUCAGGUGUGCGAGCUGGCCCAGGCGCUGCGGGAUGGCGUCUUGCUCUGCCAGCUGCUCAACAACCUGCUCCCCCAUGCCAUCAACCUGCGAGAGGUCAACCUGCGCCCCCAGAUGUCCCAGUUCCUGUGCCUGAAGAACAUUCGGACUUUCUUGUCCACCUGCUGUGAGAAAUUUGGCCUCAAGCGGAGCGAACUCUUCGAGGCUUUUGAUCUUUUCGAUGUUCAGGAUUUUGGGAAGGUCGUCAAAACCUUGUCUGCUCUGUCUCGGACCCCCAUCGCCCUUCGCAAGGGGAUCACACCCUUUUCGGACGAGGAUGAGGCUGACGAUGACAUCUACAGCGGCCUGUCUGACCAGAUUGAUGACACGGUGGAGGAGGAUGAGGACCUGUACGACUGCGUGGAGAACGAGGAGGCGGAGGGCGACGAGAUCUACGAGGACCUCAUGCGCAGCGACCCGGUGCCGCAGAUGCCCAAGAUGACCGAGUAUGACAAGCGCUGCUGCUGCCUGCGGGAAAUCCAGCAGACCGAGGAGAAGUACCGAGACACGCUCAGCUCCAUCCAGCAGCACUUCCUAAAGCCCUUGCAAAGAUUCCUCAAACCUCAAGACAUCGAGACCAUCUUUAUUAACAUAGAGGACUUGCUUCGGGUACACAACAACUUUAUCAAGGAGCUGAAGGAUGCGCUGGCCACACCAGGUGCUCCCAAUCUCUUCCAGGUCUUCAUUAAAUACAAGGAGAGGUUCCUGGUCUACGGUCGCUAUUGCAGCCAGGUGGAGUCAGCCAGCAAGUACCUGGACCAAGUGGCCAAUGCCCGGGAGGAUGUGCAGAUGAAGCUGGAGGAAUGUUCGCAGCGGGCCAACAAUGGACGGUUCACCCUGCGGGAUCUGCUGAUGGUCCCUAUGCAGCGUGUGCUCAAGUACCACCUUCUGCUGCAGGAGCUGGUGAAACACACGCAGGACUCCACGGAGAAGGAGAACUUGCGGCAGGCGCUGGAUGCCAUGCGGGACCUGGCACAGUGCGUGAAUGAGGUCAAGCGGGACAACGAGACGCUGCGGCAGAUCACCAACUUCCAGCUGUCCAUUGAGAACCUGGACCAGUCUCUGGCCAACUACGGGCGCCCCAAAAUUGACGGGGAACUCAAGAUUGUCUCAGCAGAGCGGCGCUCCAAGUUGGACAGGUACGCCUUCCUGCUGGACAAAGCCUUGCUCAUAUGUAAGCGCCGGGGAGACUCUUACGACCUCAAGAACUUAGUGAACCUCCACACCUUCCAGGUUCGCGAUGACUCCUCUGCAGAGCGUGAUAACAAGAAGUGGACCCACAUGUUUUUACUGAUCGAAGACCAAGGUGUCCAGGGCUAUGAGCUCUUCUUCAAGACGCGGGAGCUGAAGAAGAAGUGGAUGGAGCAAUUCGAGAUGGCCAUCUCCAACAUGUACCCUGACAAUGCUGCAGCCAAUGGGCAUGACUUCCAGAUGUUCUCAUUUGAGGAAACCACGACCUGCAGAGCUUGCCAGAUGCUGCUCAGAGGAACUUUUUAUCAAGGUUAUCGGUGUCACCGUUGCCGGGCUCCUGCACACAAGGAGUGUCUGGGGAGGGUCCCUCCAUGUGGCCGACAUGGACAAGAUUUUUCAGGAACUAUGAAAAAGGCUCAUCAUCGCCGGCAGCAGGACAAGGAGAAGAAUAAACUGGGCCUGCCCAAGAUGGAGGUGUGUGCUGAAUAUUAUGGGUUGCCUCCACCGCCUGGAGCCUUUGGGCCCUUCCUCCGUCUCAGCCCCGGAGAUAUCGUGGAACUCACUAAAGCAGAGGCGGAACAGAACUGGUGGGAGGGCAGGAACACGGCUACCAACGACGUUGGCUGGUUUCCUUGCAACAAGGUCAAGCCCUACGUGUAUGGCCCCCCUCAAGACCUGUCUGUUUUUCUCUGGUAUGCCGGCCCCAUGGAGCGUGCAGAGGCAGAAAGCAUCCUCACCAAUCGCUCAGAUGGGACAUUCUUGGUGCGACAGAGGGUGAAGGAUGCGGCUGAAUUUGCCAUCAGCAUUAAAUAUAAUGUUGAGGUCAAACACAUUAAAAUCAUGACAGCGGAAGGACUGUACCGGAUUACAGACAAGAAGGCAUUUCGAGGACUUAUGGAGCUGGUGGAGUUUUACCAGCAGAACUCCCUAAAGGACUGUUUCAAGUCCCUGGACACCUCCUUACAGUAUCCCUUCAAGGAACCCGAGAGGAGAAACAUCAGCAGGCCAACAGCUGGCAGCACGAAAUACUUUGGAACUGCCAAGGCCCGCUAUGACUUCUGUGCCCGGGACCGCUCGGAGUUGUCGCUCAAGGAGGGAGAUAUUAUCAGGAUCCUUAACAAGAGGGGCCAGCAGGGCUGGUGGCGUGGCGAGAUCUACGGGCGGAUCGGCUGGUUCCCCGCCAACUACGUGGAAGAAGAUUAUUCUGAAUACUGCUGA